CUGCAGAUAUUAAUGAUGCUAAUGUUACCAUUAACAUAACUAAAGUUUUGGAAUAUGGAGCUACAUACAGUGUUGAAAUGUCCCUUUAUACUAUCAAUAAUAUCGGCUCUAAUAAUUUCACUUUCAAAUUCAAUACAUAUCAUGUCAUUUCUGCUACUAUACUGUCAUCUAAUGACUCAACCGUCUGCCUCCAGUGUAAUUUUAGAAAUAAUUCCCAAUCAACAGGUUGUUAUGCAGCAUUUCAACUCAUUAAUAACAAUGAAGGACCGAUUUCAGCAACAAUUGUAUAUUAUGAAAUAAUAAAGUCACUAAUGGAUACAGUUGCCAUUGGUUGUGUUAAUACAUUGCCUAAUGGAAUGUACAGUGUAUCAAUAUUAGAUGCAUUGAGUUAUCAAGAGGGAAGAUUCAAUAACACAGCCAUCAAUAUGUCAUCCAUAAUAAUUAUUAAUAACACUAUUAUUACUGAUGCCGGCAUUACUAGCAGUAGCAGUGUAAUAUUUAUAUCCACUACAAUAUAUGACCCAGAGAGUUUCGUGGUCAAUAUUGCCUCCCCUGAUGUAAUUAACAGUAUACCUUAUUCCUCAAGCUAUGUCACUUUCUCAAGUUAUGAUGUAUCCUCAAGUUAUGCUACUUGUAGCUCAGAUUAUGUUACUUGUUCAAGUUAUGCUACUUUCUCAGGCUAUGCUACUUCCUCAGGCUAUGUUACUUCUUCACAUCAUACUGCUUCCUUGAGUCAUAAUAAUUUUGCAUUUGUAGCAACAAAUUAUUCACAAGCAGUCCUAAUAAUAUUACUGGCCACCAUAACGCUGAUAUUUACACUGAUAAUAAUUGUUGUGCCUAUCAUAGGCCUUUGCCUAAUUGUAAAAAAGACAAAGAAAGGUUUAUCAAAAGAUGCGGCAAUACAAACCAAUGAAGCAUACAGUAAUUUACCUGAUCCUGGCACUAGUGGUGGCAUGCAGGCUAACAUUGCUUAUGAGAGCAUAUCAAUGGCACUACAGACUGACACUGUUUAUGAACAAGUUAACUAGUUGAUACGACUUAGUUACUGUUUGUCUAAACAAGCUGAAUUUUAAAAAUA